AUGAUCAGAAAUCAGGAAAACAGUGUUAGACCGCACGACAUAGUAUUUUGCUUCAACUAUGAUCCCAAACGUCCUGCUUCUUGGGAUGGCAUCCGAAACGCAUCCGAAAACGGCAACGUUUGUUCACAACUAGAUCUAUCAACUGAAACGGUGAUCGGUGACGAAGACUGCCUUUAUCUUAACGUUUAUGUACCACGUAGUAUCUAUGGAACAACGCGGAUUCCAGUUAUGGUGUGGAUUCAUGGUGGAGGAUAUUUUUAUGGUUCAGGCUCUGAUGGUAAUCACCGACCUGAUUAUCUUUUGGCAAAAGAAGUCAUUGUAGUGUCCAUAAACUACAGACUCGGUGCUUUUGGUUUCUUAAAGCUCGGUCAUGAAACAGUAAGCGGAAACCAAGGUCUGAAAGAUCAGACUGCCGCGCUGAAAUGGGUAAAAGAAAAUAUUCACGUAUUCGGCGGAGAUCCAGAAAAUAUCACUGUAUUUGGUAACAGUACUGGUGCUGUGAGCGUGCAUUUACUAAUGUUAUCACCGCUAUCUAAAGGUCUUUUUCAUAAAGCUAUUCUUCAAAGCGGUACAUGUACGUGCAAAUAUUCGAUAAAAGAGACUUAGCAAGAAGUGGUCUCGUUUGAACUUUCCUCAUUACUUGGUAAUGAUUCCAAGGACCCCGAAGAAAUCGUAGAGUUUCUUCGUACGAUACCCGCUGAUAAAAUCGUC